CUAUGCGACGCGAAUAAAAAUCUCAGUGUGGAAAGGAAGACAUAGCCAGGGAAGAGAUGGGGGCUUCUCAUUCGUCCCCGAACGCCAACUCGAUCCAUGAAUUCACUGUCAAGGAUAGCUCUGGGAAGGCCGUGGAUCUAGGGUUCUACAAGGGCAAGGUCUUGCUUGUCGUCAAUGUCGCCUCUAAAUGUGGCUUAACGGAUAGCAAUUAUACCCAGCUGACCGAUCUCUACAACAAGUACAGGAACAGAGAUUUUGAGGUUUUAGCCUUUCCUUGUAAUCAAUUUUUGAAACAAGAACCUGGAACAAGCCAGGAGGCAAUGGAGUUUGCAUGUACAAGGUACAAGGCGGAGUAUCCAAUAUUCCAAAAG